GUUAGCUGUCAGGCUAACUGCUGCCCUCUGUUUGUGUCCGCUGAUGCUGACAGAUGCAUAGCAUUCUUACUCUUAUCGUUAUUACAUCUAUAAGUCCUUUCAUUUUAACGUCUAAAAAUUGUAUCUAAAUUUGUAUCUAUAUUAUAAACCAAGGGUUUACAUAGACAUAGACAAAGAUGUUACAGUGAACGCUAACACGGCCUUUACAAAUAUGCUGCGGUAUUUUAUCAGUAAAUAAUUCAUAAAUACAGUUAGGAUAUCCAACCAUGGAAAUAACUGGGUGUUUUGGAAAUAACAUGUGAAGAUUAUAGACAUAGUGUUUUAAAUUCAUACUGAGAAACUGAUAGUAAAAAAAAUAAACAACAGCUUUGAAAAAAAAGCUGACCACAAAAAACAGAUGGCUAAACUGUACACACUGUGGUAGAUCUUUAGAAGUAUUUGUCUGUAAUUUUCCCUUGACAUUUACAAAAAGCAAAAUGUAGACAAAAAAUUUGUAAAAUACAUCUACUUGAUGGUGUAGUGCAAUUUAAAAGAUUAAAAAACAAUUCUGUUGAAUCCAAAAUAAAAAGAAGAAAGAUCUAAAGCAGGGCUUUAAUUGUGAAUCUUGUGGUCAAAUUUGUGUUAAAUGAUUUAAAAUAGGUGUGUAUGUCUCAUCCGAGGUGCAGAGGUCACUGGAGACUUAGGUCUCAGCCCCCAGCUAAGGGCGAGUGUGACCUCAGUAUGUGUCUCAAGGCAAAACCUCUGUUGACAAAGCAACAACCUUUCCAAAUUAUGGCGUGUUACUUAUUCCUUCAAAAGCGCUGACUAGUAGACAUAGUUAAAUUAUAUGUAAAUACAGUAUAUUUAUAUUUUACUUAAUAUUUUUCCCUAACUGUUUUUCCACAAGUGUUUAUGUAUCCCAUUGACCAUGACUGACCAAGGCUUACUGGACCAUGCAUGUUUUUUAAAAAAAAAGUAUUAGAUACAAAAUAGCAUGGUACAUUUAUACAUAAAGGUCUAUACAAGACAGUUUUAUACAAUACAAUCAGUAGGAUGUUGAUGCUUCACCUCUUUCACUGUGGGAGUCAUUGGUUUAAAAAGAAACAGUGAAGACUCAUCAAAUUGUCAUGUUCCUCUCAUUACUUUGUUUUUCCUCCCCACAGUCCAAUCAACUUGACUUAUGAUGUCUUUGACGGGAAGGGAGAAAGCACUCCUCUGGUGUUUCUUCAUGGACUUUUUGGCAGCAAAUCUAACUUCCACUCGAUAGCAAAGUCCUUGGUUCAGCGUACAGGCCGAAAGUUAGGUGCUGACAGUCGAUGCCCGUAACCAUGGUACCAGCCCUCAUAGCACUGCAAUGUCCUAUGAAGCGAUGGCUGGGGAUUUGAAGCUCCUCCUCACUCAGCUGCGCAUUGAGAAGUGUGUUCUCAUUGGCCACAGUAUGGGAGGGAAAACAGCUAUGACAACCGCUCUCACACAGCCCGCUUUAGUGGAGAGGUUGGUGGUAGUAGACAUCAGUCCAGCCCAGACCACCACACGCACCAACUUCCGUCGCUACAUCCAAGCCAUGCAAGAAAUGAAGAUCUCUAGUGACAUCCCACGUUCUACUGCCAGACGGAUGGCUGAGGAUCAAUUGCGCAAUUUGGUCAAGGAGCGCUCGGUGCGUCAGUUCCUGUUGACUAACCUGGUGGAGCAGAACGGACACUACGCUUGGAGGGUCAACCUGGAGGCCAUUUCAGCUCACCUUGAAAACAUCAUGACUUUUCCACAGUUUGACACUGUGUAUGAGGGACCCACGCUGUUCUUAGGGGGAGCCAGUUCCCCUUAUAUCAGCUCUGAUGAUUUUCCCGAAAUCCAGCGGUUGUUUCCUUGUGCUGACAUCCAGUACAUCCCAGACGCCAGUCACUGGAUCCAUGCAGACAAACCCUUAGAUUUCAUCAGCUCCAUCAUCUCCUUCCUUCAGUCCUAGCUGGCUCCUGUUCACUUCUCAGGACUGUUUUAAUUUUAGGCUCCACCCCUUAGUGACCUCACAGAAAGGGUGAGAGUUCAACAGCUUCAGUUGAUGACGUAAAUAACAAACACUGGACCAAACCCGUUCUUUUACAGCAGUUCUCUUCCUACCUUUUAACAGAGUCCAAAUGUGUACAAAUGUCUAAUGUACUGUAGUGUAGUGCAGUGUAGUGUAGUGCAGUUCCACAUGUCUAUGGUUUUCAGCUGCAAAAACUAGUGUUUACUAGAUGUUUUCGUUGAAGGUUUUUUAUGUUUUGGUAAUGAGUAGCUUGAGGAUGAAAAUAUCUUUAACAUCAUAGAGCUGUUUUGGAUGGUGAUAUACUAAUCCAAAGAAAGGCUCAUUUGCACAGUGUUUUCUUUUUGUUGAUACAUUGAUGCCAGUGUCGCAGUCGGAGGGAGGCCAAGUACAAUCAAGCACAGUUGACCAGCAGUAAAGACUGACUGAAAAGAUGAAAACAUACUGGGCAUCAAUUGAAGCAGAUUAAGAAGAAUAUUUUAUUUCAGAGCUUUUUUUCAAAGAAGCUGUAACAUUGACCUCACAUGUUCCAAUGUUUGUUUUAUAAAUAUGACAUUUAGUAUUUCUUUGGUAACUUGAAUAUUCUUAUUGCUUUUAUUUCUGCCGUUAAAGAAGAGAAUUUACAGAUCGGCUAUUCUCCUAUAAUGCUAACCUUCCAAGAGAAUAAGUCUAAAAGAGAGCUCUAAUUCUCUAAAGCAGUUUUGUUCUGAGCACAGGAUUUGCUGGUUGUUAUACACUAAUAAUAUUCUCUUUGUUUGCCUGACGUUAAGAUGUACCGUUGUCGUCGUGUCUUCGUGAUUGGUUAGUCCGGUCGUUGUUCUGUUGAUGAAACCUGUUUUACUGACUUAUUCUACACAACGCGCAUAUUUACAACUAAACCAAGGUUAUAUGGGUAUUAGCUCACAAAUAUAUGCUGCAACGAUGCACAUUGUUAAUUAACCGUUUGUUUGGGACUGUUGAAAUAACACAGUCCGGUUGUGAAACUGCCAUUUGUAUAAAUAAUCAGGGUGUAAAUGUGUAUGUGCCUGUUUUGUCCAGAGCUUCUUCUUUUUUCCAUGUUUUGCAAAACUUGAUAUGAACCUUGAUAUUAUAUUUAUCAGCACAGUAGAAACUGGCAGCUGGGUUGCCAGUUUUGUGAGACUCUUCUAGCAAGAAAGCUAAACACACCAGUAUAUCCUUAACUGGAGCUAACCUUUACUGGAGUCAGUGUUUUAUAUGUGUGUCUGUGUCUUUCGUGAAUCUAAAAAAGUCAUCGAAAAGGCUUUAAGUCAUCGAACGUUUAGAAGAGCUCGUAUCCUCUUGACAUUUGAAUGCAGGCCACGCUCCCCUCAACUGUACAGGUUAUGAAAGGACGUUUGUAGCUGUAACAACGAUAAUCCUCUUCCCUCAUUGACAUCGUUCACCUGUUGAUCUUUACUGUCCGCAUGCCUUUUCUCCGGUCAUCAGAUUUGACUUUGCUGUGCUUUGUAUGUCUCCGUAGGUCCAGACAAGUGAUGCUCAUUAACAAUAACAAAGUAUAGACAUUUUAAAUGUGCGCAAGAUGCAUACAGAAUACGUGGGAUAUAUAUAUAUAUAUUAUUGAACCUGUACACACUGAUAAUAAACAACUAAAACACAACCAA